AUGCUGCAGGAGGAAGCUGAGCGUAAUCGCGCCGAGAUCGACGUGCCGCGCGAGAAGAUACGCCAGCGCUACCUGGCGGAAGAGCAGUUACGAGCCGAGAAGGAAGAGGAGGAGGCGCGCCAACGCGAGGAAGUGGAGAAGGCGACGCACCUCAGCGACACCGUCCUGCAGAACCCGUCGCCUCCCUCCUCCCUCGCCUGGCACCCUGCCAAGAGGCUGCUCGCCGUCGGCUGGCAGAGCGGCGACCUGACGACGUGGAGCGAGGAGAGCAGCCAGCAGGCGCAGCUGAGCGGCGUGCACCGCGGCGCGGUCGGCGUGCUGCGCUGGAACCCCGGCGGCACGCGCAUGCUGUCCGGAGACAACGUUAAGCUGUCUGGCCGACCGCAGGAGGCUGAUAUCAUAUGGGUGGGCAAGGGUGUGCUCGCCACGGCAACCGGAGAAAACAUUGUCAGGUUAUGGGAUCUUGAGAACAGCGAAAACUUUGUGCUCGGUUUGCAAGGUCAGGCCGGUUUUCAGCCCUCGGAGAACGUCAUAUGUAUCGCCUAUUCAAAGCAGAAAGGCGUGCUCGCUGGAGGCACCAGCCUCGGCAACGUCGUGCUCUGGAAGCACCAGCACAUUCGCACCGAGCACAGGGAGGAGGAGUGGAAGCUGCAGGCCCCCGCACCGCUAGAGGGCAUCAUCAAACACGUGACGUGGGGCAGCAACAACUUGCUGGGCAUCUGCACGGUGCACUGCGCCUACGUGCUGGAGGAACACAGCAUGGUGACGCACUACUGUGGUGAGGUGGCAGCAGUGCAGAUAUCUCCGGUGUCGAUCUGGCUGGAGGUGUUCUCGCUGGGCACCUGCUACCAGCUGAAGACGGAGAUACAGGUGAAGGGUGUGUGGGUGACGCGAGACAACCUCGCCGCGUGGAACGGCAAGCGCGUGCUCGUGUACGACAUCUCCACCGACCACCUAGCCGUCAAGCUCAUCGGUUCGUUUGCGAGCGGUUCGUCUGACGUAGCGAUGAGUCAGCAGAGCCUCUACCUGAUCGAGCAGGGCAAGGUACAGGUGCGAACAUUCCAGGAACCCGUCAAGCGUCUGCUUUACUACGAAGACAAGAGCAUCCUCGUUGUCAUCACGAGCUCAUUCAUGCUCAGCCAGUACAGUGUCAACGAUGAAGGCUCGCUCGUGGAGCUGUCCAAGUCGGACCAUCCGUCGGAGGGCGUGCCGACCUACGACCCGCAGGCGAUGUCCACGAGUGAGAUGAUGAUCGCGGGCGGCGGGGGCGGGGGCGGGGUGACUUCCCCCGUGCAGCACCUCGCCGCGCGAGCCAUCAUGCGAGACUUCGCGGGGCUGGAGGGCGGGGACGAGCGGACGCGCGCGGCCAUGAUGAACUUCAGCUACUACCUCGCCGUUGGCAACAUGGACGAGGCGUACAAGGCGAUCAAGCUCAUCAAGAGUGAGUCAGUCUGGGAGAACAUGGCGCGCAUGUGCGUCAAGUCACGACGGCUAGAUGUCGCCGCCGUCUGCCUCGGCAACAUGGGUCACGCGCGCGGGGCGAAGCAGCUGCGGGCGGCGAUGAAGGAACCAGAGCUAGAUGCUGCCGUCGCGAUGUUGGCGGUGCAGCUGGGAAUGUUGGAUGAAGCGGAGCGGCUUUACAUCAACUGCCACCGCUACGAUCUUCUCAACAGGUUCUACCAGGCACGAGGCAUGUGGGAGAAGGCGAUGGAGAUUGCCGAGGUCUACGAUCGGCUGCAUCUGAGGUCGACCUACUACAACUACGGCAAAUAUCUCGAGUCGAGGGGCGACUUCUCAUCGGCCAUCUUACAGUACGAGAAGUCAGGCACGAGUAAGUUUGAGGUUCCGCGCAUGCUGUUUGAUGAAAGCCCGGCUGACCUCGAACGCUACAUCAUGCAGACAAAGGACACGCACCUGCACAAGUGGUGGGCGCAGUACAUGGAGAGCCUGGGUGAGAUGGAGACGGCCAUGCAGUUCUACGAGGCAGCGCGCGACUGGCUGUCGCUGGUCAGGGUCUACUGCUACUGCGGAAACAUAGUCAAGGCGUCUGAGAUAGCCAACGAGACGGGUGACCGGGCCGCCUGCUACCAUCUCGCGCGCCAGUACGAGAACCAAGAGAACAUCAAGGAGGCGAUUCACUUCUUCACGCGCGCGCACGCCUACGGAAACGCAAUCCGCAUCUGCAAGGAACAUGCGUUGGACGAUCAGCUUGUGAACCUUGCAUUGUACAGCUCUCCGGAGGACAUGAUUGACGCGGCGCGUUACUACGAGAAGACGCAGCACAAGGACAAAGCCGUCAUGCUCUACCACAAGGUGAGUCGCGUUGCCACGACGACGCCUAUGCGGGUACCUGACGCGCGCCGUCGACAUGCGUUCAAGAGCCAUCAGACGUCGGCGCUGCACCUGAUAUCGGGCGACCUCCAGGACAGCACCGAUCCGGAGCUCGUGUCCAAGAUGGCCCAGUUCUUCGUCGACAACGGCCAGUACGACAAGGCAGUGGACCUGCUGAUAAAGGGGAAGAAGCCCUACACUCUUUCAGUACUUCGACGCUCGUCGACCUCAUGCGUCGAGUACAACAUCCAGAUCAGCGAGGAGCUCGCCGAGCGAUUCACGCUCGACAAGAGAGCAUCCGACGGCGGCGGCGGCGGCAGGAGGACGCGGCGACGCGCGGGGCGAGCUGGAGGAAGAUAGGCGGACUGUGCGAUGCAGCAGCGAUCGUACCACCUCGCGACGAAGAAGUACACGCAGGCCGGAAACAAAGUCAAGGCGAUGAGGGCGCUACUGAAGUCUGGCGACACGGAGAAGAUUGUGUUCUUUGCGAACGUGUCUCGGCAGCGCGACAUCUACGUGAUGGCCGCAAACUACCUGCAGACGCUCGACUGGAAGAAGGACCCGGCGUGAUGAAACACAUCAUCGCCUUUCUACACGAAGGGCCGCUCGCUCGACUCCCUCGCUCGCUUCUACGAGUCCUGCGCACAGGUGGAGAUAGAUGAGUACCAGAACUACGAGAAGGCACUGGGAGCAUUCGGGGAGGCGCAGAAAUGCCUCGCCAAGGCGACGAUGGAGAACCAGUCGGAGAAGGAGGAUCGCAUCGCGCGCGUCAAACGCAAGAUAGACCUCGUCAAGAAGUUCGUGCAGGCGCGGCGAAAGGUUGGAACAGGAAGAGGAACUUUAAAUGUACAGAAUGAGAAAAGAAGUGAAAGCUGCCGAGAGAAUCGAACGAUGGGAUCCGGCAGGGAUGCCGUGUUUUGUCGCUCGCCGCUGCAGGCCUACUCCUGCCUGGAACAGAUGCGCAGCCGCAUGCCCGGAGUCAACCUCACGUACUACGUCAACGUGAAGACCGUCGAGAGAAUUCAUCAGGUGAGUGCGCAGCCUCCGCCGUGGGUCAACGGUGCUGCCAUCUACUGUCCAGCUAUGGGUCAUCUACUGGCUAACUAUGGGUCAGCUACUGGCUAA